AUGCAUGGCAAUGGCAAUGAUCAGAUCACAAAUGAUGUUAUCGAGCAGGUAGCCGCUCUGGAUGUGGAGGAUGGACGAGAGCCCAACCCAUCUGCUGCAGCCUUUGCGGCAUGGAACAAUGAGCCUCCCCCAGCGCCGACGCUGAAAAGUGACGGCGUUAUUGCGACGGAUAUCACAGAGGCCUUUACUCAUGCCGCUCAACAACUCGAUGUUGGGCAACUGGUGAAAGAUGAAUUGUUUACUUUAUUCGAGGCUGUUGGAGCUUUGGAAAUCAUGGAUCCUAAAAUGGAUAGCGGAUACCUAGAACCUGGUGAGACGAUGGACGACGACUAUGAUUUCACGCAACCGUUACUUCCUGAGGAGAUUGUAGGCAUCAUUGACCAGCUGAUAUGUCAUGAGAUGGCUUGGCAUAUGGGACAUCCAUUGGGGCAAACCAUUUUCACGAGUCUAUACAUAGACAGAUUACUAGAUCCAUGUCCAACUCAAAUCAACGAGACAUAUUUUGACAGGAGUGAAAGUGCUUCAGACGAACCCUUAACGUUUCAGAUCCUUCGGGCGUACUGCCUAGGACUCGUCAAGUCAUGCAGCUACGUUAAUGAGCGAGUCAAAGCAGAGCAUUAUUAUGAGGAAGAGGACUUUGUCACGCACACUUUCAACCGAAGCCUUCUCGAGAAUAUUGACAUAGACGACGUCCUGCAGCUGCUUUUGGACACAACCAAGCAAUUGCAAUUGCGUAAUGAUAUAUCAGAAAAGCUGAAGCUGGCACUAAGGUGUCGUUUGGAAUUCCGUGAGACCUUUCUCCGGACUGUCGAAGAGGCAGACUCAAGGACUUCAGUAGAAAAUAUCAAAAAGCAUUGGCAGAACCUUGAGGGGAUAUUACCAGCACUAAAGUCAUCCGCAAAUCUGGCAAAACCAGUGCCAGCAUCAUUUAGUGCAAAAUUACAGCGCAAAUUAGCAAGUACAGUACCACCACGUCCCAUAGUAGAUCUCAAUUGGGAAACCGCCUUCGACCAUAUGGAGAGGCUAUGCCGAGAUGGUUCUGUAGCAGCUGAGGUCCUAACGUAUUACGACUCUCACAGUCUUAUGACGUUCGUCGCCUUUUUCCAAGCUCGAAAGCCUCAACCUUCAGUAUACAUUCGUACAUUACUUCAACACUACAUCUUUGGAGAUAUGGUAAUCCUUGGCACAAUGUCCGUCCGACAGAUUCUUGACGAUGAUCUAGCGACCACUGUUCUACCCGCACAUAAACUCCUUGACCGUUCAAACGAUGAGAUUGAGGUUCCUAGUGAUUCUCGACAUCAGAUGGCGAAUCAGAUGGAAGUUUUCCGUGCGCGAGCCGCGGGUUCAUACUUGGAUAUUCUCCGAACAAUCUGCCAAAACCGGUGUCGCAUUCGACGAACAUUGUGUCGUCUAAUUGCAGACUGGGAAGUUCUCCAACUUGAUGCCGAGGAAUUAGAUGUCGAUCUGCGCCAAUAUACCAAAGAGGAGCCAAUCAGGGAUAGGGAGAUAUCCUCUGAGCCUGUAUACUCAUUUCCGUUGUCCUCUUGGUCAUAUCUUUACAAGCUUCGCCAGAUGGAGUGGCUAGUUCAAAUGGGAUUCGAGCUUUUCGUGUACCAACCCGACGAGCUCGCAACCAUGUAUUGGUAUUUACAAUAUCUUGCGAAGACCCGAAUGCGACAUUUAGAGAGAAUUAGAGGAUUUAAUGUGCGAGCACUGAACGAUGCACGUCGGAAGUCACCCCUUUCUGGAGAAGAACAAACCCAAUAUAUCAACGCUUUGUCCUUCAUCAAUUACUCUACCAUGGAGGCUGCUGCAACUUAUGGUUUGGCUGAUGCAUUGUCAUGUCUUUUCACGGUACUCAACCGUCUAUUACUUAUUCCUACGCCUCCGCGGCCAUACAGCAACGAUCUCUACCGCUAUGAAGUGCGAAUGAAGCCUUUUCAACCUAUCGGUCUUCCUGAGUUGAUUCCAUACGAUGAUCUCAAAACCGCAGUAUCACAACCGGAAGAGUCAUUGAGUGAUCUGCUUCGCUAUGCAGCUGAUUCCGCCGUCGGAGCUAGGAAAGGUUUCGAGGUGAUGAGCAAACUGACUGCUAAAGAUGCAUUUUGCCAAGGCUCAUAUGAUAGCUGGCUAGCGAACAUCAAAGAUUGCCUGAAAGCAUGUAUUUUUACUGGCAUCACAAUCGCAGCGGUCAAAAAAGCAACAGAAAGUACAGGGAAGGAACCUAACGGCAUUAAGAUUAGAGUGGAGAUACCACCUGCCGGUAAUGGAUAUCAUGAUUGGUGGGUGGUACCGAAAGUCGUUCCUGUGGUAUGA